UCAUUUAUUUCAAUUAGCUUACAGCAUGUUUUGAUGUGUGGGGAGAAAUCUGACGUCAUAGAACUACAGCAUAUAAACGCAAAAUUUUUCAGGAUUCUUCACACUUUAUAGGAAAAGAAGAGAAAACAUGCACAAAUCGAUUUUUAUCCUUGGUAUUUCACUUGGCUUCGUGGCCCUAAGUACAGAGGUCUCAUUGCAUACAUCACCAGAUCACUGUAAGAAAUCUUGUCAUCUGGACCACGUGGGCUGUAGUUCAACUUGUCGAAAGCAACAUCUGCUAAACAGAAACGGAUUUUUAGACUGCUCAAAGACCUGCAAGUUUACAUAUUCAUCUUGCUCAGAGGGUUGUCUUCCAAAGGGAUUUUCAAACACCCCAAUUGUAGAAGCAGGAGUGACUACUCAAGCAACAGUUUCUGAGGUAUCAACCACUAAGCCCUCACCAACAUCAGUGUGUCUUAAAGCAUGUUCAGUGGUGAGAACCGGGUGUCAGAAUGAAUGCAAUCAAGAUCCAGAACCCGGAUGUCUCCCAGAAUGCACUACAGAUUAUGACGAAUGUGUGCAGGGAUGUGGGACAACUGCUGUACAGUCAUCCAAUGUACAAACCACUGCAACAAAUUCAACAAACCAGCAAAAGGUUACCUGUCUGGUGCAAUGUUCUAUAGAAAAUGUAGAAUGUAUGGUUGAUUGUCAGACUGACGUUACCGAUACAUCUUGCCUGACUGAAUGUCCGGCAGAGCUAGCGGAAUGUCAAAAAGAGUGUAACGACCAGUAUCCAGACGCAAAUGCUGCAGCUGGUAGUACAACAAACACCUUAGAUACAGUCCAAAUUGACGUUGUGAAAGAAACGCAGGGAAACACACCCCAGACUGGAAAUUAUAACGUGUACACUAAGCAAGCCUCAGCAGCUAAUUGGAACUCUCAGCAGUCAACAAAUGUCAACUGGGUUGAUCCUUCUAACACCAAUCAAGGACAACCCUACUCAAUCCAUUCUAUUUGUGUAAGACUAUGUUCUACGGAGAGGUCUAGUUGUCAAAGCGAAUGUGCUGCAACAGAUCCAUCUUGCCAAACGAAAUGUACACUUGAAUAUGAUGAAUGUGUUUCUGAAUGUAAUCAAGAUUAUGGACAACAAAAGACUGGAGCGAUAUCUGGAAAAAGUAAUACUGGACUUGAAAUUUCACAAAAUACUAGAUCUAUCAGUACACCAUCAAUACAAAAGGCAAAAACUGUCGUUGCAACCCCAAAACCAAAAGCAGAGCUUAUAAUCCAAACCAUCAGUGGAGAAAUCAAGACAAGUGCCUCAAAACCGAUGAGUAUGCUCAAAUUAUUAUGCCUAUCAUCAUGUGUGAUAACCAGAAAUUCCUGUUUAAGUGAUUGUAAGAUCGGCAAGCCAGAAGUCGGGUGUUCGACGGAAUGUUAUGAAGAUAACACAGAGUGUGUGGCUGACUGCAAUAAAGAAGAAGUUGAAAGACAAAAGGACAAACUUGAAAAGCAGUUAGAAAAGGCAUCAGAAACAGGUGUUUAUAAUAUAGCUGAAAACAAAGAUGAGAAAGUACAUGGCACAAUCAAAAUAAGCUCUACGAAGCCAAUGAGCGCGCUUAAAUUGAUAUGCCAAACAACCUGUGUUACCCAAAGGAACUCCUGUUUAAAUGAUUGUAAAACUGGUAUACCAGAGGCCGGGUGUAUUACUGAAUGCUACGAUGAUCAUAGAGACUGUGUGAAGGAAUGCAACGAAGAUGAACUGGAACGCCAAAAAGAUAAACUUGAAAAGCAAUUGGAGAGGGCAUCGGAAACAGGUGCACAUGAAUCACCAUAUACAAAUUUCGAACAAGGGGCAGUCAAGAUAAGUUCCGCAAAACCAAUGAGCAUACUAAAAAUGCUUUGCCAGAGAUCAUGUGUCGCUAAAAGAAAUUUCUGCUUAGAUGAUUGUAAGAUUGGCACACCAGAAGUUGGCUGUUCGACUGAAUGUUAUGAUGACCAUAGAGAAUGUGUGGCUGAAUGCAGUGAAGAAGAAGUGAAACGACAGAUAGAGAGACUCGAAAAGCAAAAAGAGCGAGUAUCAAAACCUGAAUUUUAUAAUAAUUACUUAUAUAAUGACAUACAUUUUAACCAUGGUGAAGACUAUGACUAUGUACCAUCAUCAGAUUCAAACGAAGGGUGAAGACUUUUAUAGAAUUCGAAAGGAAAAGAAACCCAUCUAAAGAGUUCACUCGAUCUCGUACACAACGUCCCACACCAAUGUGGUCUGGAUCUGAGUACUAGAAGGACUCAAAAAGCGACAAUAUCUAAGCAUAAUAUCAAUUCCUUGUUUUGAAUUUUGCUUUGAUUAAUGACUUAGACUACUUUUAAGACUCUUUGUUUAAUUUCAUUUUCUUCAUAGUAAAGUGUCCUUGUUGAUAUUUAUUUUUCUAUGUGUUGUAUUUUGUAUCUUCAGUGAGGAAUCUCUUUA